AUGGAGCUGUCCAGGAAAGACUACCCGGCCAUGCUGGAGUCGCUCCAGCCUACGCAGGCCGUAGCCGUCUUGAACGACCGCGUCAAGCACAUCCAGAAGGUCAACGCAGACAUCGCCGACUUCCUGCAGGAGCGCCGCCGCCUGGAGGACCAAUAUGCCCAGGGCCUUCGCAAGCUGGCCGCCAGGCAGCUGCCCGAUGCCGGCGCUGACCUCGGCGUCUUCACCCUGCCGUGGCAGCGCAUCGUCGGCGCGACAGAGGCGCUUGCCGAAUCGCACCACUCUCUGGCCCACAAGCUCGACACCGACGUCGAGCGUCCUCUGCGCGACUUUGACAAGACGAAUCGCGAGAUGCAGGCCAUGUCCAACAUCAGCGGCAACAUGGCGCACAUGGCCAAGGAGAUCGACAGCGCGCAGAAGCGCGCAGACAAGCUGAAGGAAAAGGGCGCCAAGGCCCCUGCUGGCAAGGUCGCAACUGCCAGCACCGAUGUCGAGAAUGCCAACCAGCAAUGGAGUUCUCAGGCCCCAUUCGUCUUUGAGCAGCUCCAGGCCGUUGACGAGAGCCGCAUCAACCAGCUGCGGGACGCUCUCACCCAGUUCCAGACUCUGGAACUCGAUGCCAUUGACAGGACCCGAGGACCCACUGAGCAGUGCCUGGGCGUGAUACUGGAGGUGCAGACGGCCGACGAGAUCAAGACUUUCUCCCUGAAAACUACGAGCGGAAAACCGAAACUUGAGACGCAAAGGGGCAGAAAUCAAGCACAGGCCAGCAGCAGCUCGACCCCGGCAAUGCAACCUCCCCCCACCCCGGACGACGGAUCGAGCCAGCGAUCUGGUUCAGGUGGGUCGCCUGUCGUGCCUGCUGAACCUCGCUUACGCCCAGCAGUACAAGAGCAGAAGCACGGUGGACUUCAUGGCCUGAAGCGCUUAGGAACUGUUCUCGGCCGUCGAAAGAGCACGGCGCCUUAUGCUCGGACUUCUUCCCCGGAUAGGAAGUCGUCAUCUCCCAACCUAGGAGCUGCCUUCAGCUCUUUUGGAAGCCGAGGCAACAAGUCGAGAGAUGCAGACCAUCGCCCGGCCUCACCAUCUCGACUUGCAGAAAGCCAGCUUCCGAGCUCUCCGGAAGCCAGCGAAUCGAUCGCUUCUCCAGUAAGACCAGAAAGCGCAUCAGUAGAUCGGACCAAUGGCAUUUCCCCGGUGCCCGAGGACGAACCAAGGGAUUCAGAGAUGAUGAACGGUGGCCAGAGCUCGGGCAUACCACAGCUGCAAGAACCGCUGCAACCGACAAGCGCUUCGAGUGUUUCACUGGAACCCCAGAAGGACGCAGAUGGCUAUACGGUGCCGGCAACGUCUGCCACGUCUGAUCUGUUUGCUCAAGUAGAGGCUGACGCAGCUGCCGAGAGUGUUCCUCCGCAAUUCAAGGUAGACAUAAGAAAUGCUCCGAUCCAAGAAGAAGAUAGCGGCGAGGCAGAAAGCGCAAUGGCCAACGUUGCAAACACUCUUCGAAUGCAAGCGGCUCCGACUAAGAGAUCCAAUACCACGAGAGGUAGGCGAGAUGUUCGCAACACGAUAUUCGUGCCCUCUACUUCUCAGGGUCCCGACCUUCCGCCUUUCGCUGAGCCGACCAAUGCUCCACCAUUGCCGAUUCCUGCAUCACCGUCGUCUUCGCCCCUGCCUUCCGCUUCCCCAAAUCUGUCAGCAGUCUCGCCGCAAAUACCGAUUCCUGCAUCCCCGCCUUCGGCAAGGCCCCAGUCUCCCCUGCGGCCAGCCAGUCAUCGCCUGAACCUCGGCGAUGAUCAUGCCGCCUCCGACACACAGUCAAUCCGUUCGGGCCGCUCGCUCAGCAGCUCGUACAGCCACACCGUGCGUCACCCAGAUAUGCACGAGCCUGGGUUGAACUCAUCGAUUGUCGAGACGGUGAGCACCUGGUUCGAGCACGGCCAUGUGACCAGGGCUGUUGUUAUUGGCGAACUUGCUCUGGCGUACAAUCCCCCGGACCUUUCGGUCCCCUUUGGAAAUGAGACGAUUAGGCUCGAGAAUUUCCCGGUUCUCGAGAAAGUGGCACCCAACCCGACGUUCGUGGACCAGGUUGCGGAUAAGGCCGGUGAUUACAGCAUCAACCUUUCCAGCAUCACACGGACGCAGGUUGCCUUCAAGUACCAGGUGCAUCUCGACGAAAACAACAUUGCGUCAUUUGCUCCCAUCGCUUUGACUCCGGCGUGGAAGGUCGAGCCUACCCAAACGUCUGUCAUCCUCAAUUACUCUCUUAACCCCGCCUUCCGCCUUGCGGCCGGCCACACGAGCGUCACGCUGAGUAACGUCGUUCUCAUCAUGCAUCUUGACCCUGCUGGUUCAAGAUCGUCCCACUGCCAAUCGAAGCCCGUUGGUACCUUCUCAAAAGAGAAGUCCUUGAUCUAUUGGCGCCUCGGCGACGUUACUCUGAGUGCGGAUCAGCCUGCACAAGCACUUCGCGCUCGCUUCUACACCGAUACGGAGGCCAAGCCAGGCAACAUCGAGGCGCGGUGGGAGAUGACCGGUGAAAAUGCAAGCGGCCACGGCAGCGGUUUGGACGUCUCACAAAUGGUGCAAGCAGGUGAGGCGGUAGAAGUUGAGGACGACCCGUUUGCAGAUGAAAGCGCGGCGCCUAGCAGCCCCGCCAUCACGUGGAAAGACGUUCCAGUUAUCAAAAGGAUUUCAAGCGGCACCUACACUGCUGUAUAA